UAAUUCACCCUCCAAGGGAACGGGGGCGCUAUCUGUCAGUGUCAUUCAGUUAAACCGUUUCUGUGACUGUUGUUGGCUAAAGUGGACGCAGCUUCCUAUACAACGUGGAUGGGUCAAACCGCUGGUCGCGGGGCUGAUGCGGCGUUUGCAGAUCAUUGACGUUUUCCAGGACAGGCAAUAAACCAGAAGUGCAGGUUGUGCCUCGUCCUCUGCAUCCCAGCAGCGAAAAUUAUUUAUGAGGACUCGAUCGAGCCAUUGGACUGGGUGUGUUUCAUGUGAAAUGUAAUAUUGUUAUAGUUUUAGUGUAAAAAGAAGCUGGUGGACUUUAAUUAAACGGAUAUUGUGUCGGUCCUGUCGUGCCUGUGUGGUGUUGACAAGUCUGAAGUUCAGUGCAGGCUGAUCAGAUAUUCUCUGGCUGAGCUUCACUGGCACCUCAUCGAACCACUCACUGCUGUCUCAACAAUGAACAAUGGAAAGCCUCAAGUACUAACUGAAAAAUGGCAAGAUUUAGGCGCAAAUCUUGCAUCACAUUAAUUGCUUUGGUAUUGCUCGUACUUGUCAUAACGGUGGUCUUAAAGGAGCUAACAUCACGGGACUCUCCGUUCAGCAGCCCAUUUGAUGUAAAGGGGUUUCCCAACCCUGAGAUCCGGGAAGACCACAACAAUAAACCUGAUGAGGUCAAAAUGAGCAACGCUGCUCAGUCAGAAAAGCGUGCAGAACUGGAAGCGAUACUGAGGAAGUUCCCUCCUCCAAAUUACUACCUCCAUGCCUUCUACUACUCAUGGUAUGGAAACCCAAAGUUUGAUGGAAAAUACAUACACUGGGACCAUCCACAGCUGCCACACUGGGACUUUAAGAUAGCUCAGGGAUAUCCACAAGGGAGACACAGCCCACCUGAUGACAUCGGAUCCAACUUUUACCCCGUUUUAGGGGUUUAUAGUUCCAGAGACCCCUCUGUUAUAGAAGCUCAUAUGCAACAGCUGCGUACAGCAGCCAUCGGUGUCAUUGCUGUUUCCUGGUAUCCUCCCAAUAUGAAGGAUGACAACGGGGACUCAACAGAAGAGAUUGUGCCUUUGCUGCUUGAAAUGGCUCAUAAAUACCACAUUAAGGUAGCUUUUCACAUUGAGCCAUACAAAGGAAGGGAUGAAGUCAACAUGUUCACUAAUGUUAAAUACAUCAUUGAGAAAUAUGGAGAGCACCCGGCUUUUUUCAAGUACUUGACAAACACUGGCAAACUUCUUCCACUCUUCUAUGUGUAUGACUCAUAUCUGAUGAACUCGGAGCAGUGGGCCAAACUGCUAAAACACACAGAGCGCGGCAGCAUCAGGAAUACCCCGUAUGAUGCCAUCUUCAUCGCCCUGCUGGUGGAGGAGAAACACAAGAGGGACAUCCUGACGGCAGGAUUCGACGGCGUUUACACCUACUUUGCUACUAAUGGUUUUUCCUAUGGGUCCACGCAGCGUAACUGGGCCUCUAUAAAAGCUUUCUGUGAAGAUAACAACCUGAUGUUCAUUCCGAGCGUAGGCCCGGGGUAUAUCGACACAAGCAUUCGACCCUGGAACUUCCAAAACACUCGAAACCGCAUCAACGGCAAAUACUAUGAAACCUCGCUGAGUGCAGCAUUAGAAGCCAGGCCUGAUUUUAUCUCCAUAACGUCCUUUAAUGAAUGGCACGAGGGGACUCAAAUUGAGAUGGCAAUUCCAAAAGCAAGCCAGACGGUGUAUCUGGACUAUCUGCCUAAUAGACCAUCAAUCUACCUGGAAAUAACUCGCAAAUGGGCCGCGAUAUUUGGUGGUGAGAGACGAAGGUGGCAGGAAUGAAAUGACUAAGAGCCAUAGCAGAUGUUUAUUCACGGGGGUGUAAACAAAAUGAAAACUAAAUGGACUUCUGCUUGCUGAACACAGAACAAAAUGCAAAUGAAGAAUAAGUUUAUGAGAAAAGCCAAAUGAUUUGCAAAGCCAGAGGCAAGUGAACCACUUAAUUAUCUUAAUUUUGGCUUCGCUGAUGUAUGUCAUUUUGUUGGACUUGAACGAAUUAUUGUUAAUUUAACUGAUGUCUUAUUACCUCUUGUUUGCACACCCCAUAUGCAUUUUGCUAUUAUUGGAUUUUGCCAGCUGAAAGUGCACAGGCAUGUUUUUUUCCCCAUUCUGUUAUCUGUGACUAUAUUAAACCUGAGCAGAAAUAAAGCGCGCUCUGGAAGGAGGCAGAGACACGAGAAAACAAAGCAGUCUGGUGGAAUAAAGCUGUUGCCUCAUUCUGCUUUCAACUCGGCUUCAGCCCAAAAUACAGUACAAAAAAAGAAGGAAAAAAAAAAAAACAGCAUACAUUGACAUUUCAAAGACAUGUCAGUCUAAAAUGUGGGAUGAGUCACAAUGAUGCAAACAGCGGCGGGAUAGAAGGAGAGCAGUUGAAACAGAUUUGUAGCUGAGGGAAUGGAGGGCAAAAUCAAGAUUGGUUUUUAUCUGCACAGUAGAUUGCCUCCUUAUUUACGGGCUGUUGCCAUGGUAUGAGUAGUGCACGUAUCACCUAAACAGACACUUCUCGUAUUAGAUUGUGCAGCUAUGGAUGCAUACAGCUCGUAUGGCCUCAGCUGUUUGGCCGCAUCUGCACAAAAUCAUGCAUUUUGUUGAACUGUCCCUGCAGCAAAUGGUUCUUUAAAUUGAACAGAUCUGCGAGCUAAUGGUGAGCUUUCUGUUGUCGUCUCUUAAUAUUCAGCCAGGCUUCCUUCCAGAUCACUUGAACUUCAGAGAAUUUUUGUUGUUUUUGGCUUUCUUGGAUAUAGAGCAUGUUUACUCACAGAUUUAUAAGUAAGUGGGCUGUGAGAGUCAUUCAGCUUCAGCUUGGAUUCCCUGGAAUAGUUCACUGCAAGUUUUAAGGACUGCUAUGGAUCAUUGUCCAAUUGUACAGCCCAGCAUCUUUUCAGUUGUACUUCCUUGGCUGGUUGCAAGACAUUCGUAUCCAAAAUUUUCGGACUUUCAUCAGAAUUUAUUCUUGCCUCAAUCCAGGCAAUUUUCCCGACACUAGCUCCCAAAGCAGAAUAUUUCUGCAGCAGCUUUCAUGCUUAACAGUUGGCAAGUUGUUGUUGUUUUAUUAAAUGAUGCUCCUCUUUUUUUAUUAAAAGGUACCUUUGGUGAUUGUGACCAAAAAAGCCAAAUUCAGCUUCACCUGCACACAGCACUUGUUUCCAAAUUGGCUCUGGCUUGUCCAUGUGUUGCUCUGCCCACCGAAGCCAAACUCAAAGAUCUGUUACUCCAACUGGGCGUCCUCGGUGUAUUUCAUGUCUUCAUGUCUUGUCUCUUUGUUGAUGUGCAGGGCUGUCUUUGAUCUGACAGUGUAGGAGAAGUCAAGAUUUUUGGAGUUUGACCCAUGCAAAAUCAUGUUAUCUCAGCUGAUUCAGCUUCGAAUAUAAUUAUUAACUUGAAAACGAGCAGUCACGAGUCCUCCGACUGUUUGGAAUUACAACUUUAAACCACUGGACCAACCCUGUAAAUGAUUAAUUGACUGGCUAAAAGAAAUCACGCGGCAUGUUUAAGGUUUAAUGGGGCAAACCACAUCUGUGAGCCUCUGUAGAUAAUUGAACGUCCUUAUUUAGUGAAUUGUUUUUGCAUGUGAUUUAAGAAUGCAAAAAUUAAUGAAUAAA